AUCAGAAAAACCCAUUGGCCCUCAAGUUCAAUCUCUAUCUUUCUCUGGAAGUCACAGAGAUAAUCUUGGUCUCCAAAACUCAAAUUCAAUUCAGCGCUCUUCCACCACUGGGUUUUCUUUAUUUUUGAAAACAGAAAGGAAAAACGUUCAUCGGACGUCAGGUUUCAAAAUUCUUCAAGUCUUUUUCAUGGCUUUGGUCUCUUCAAACAGCCAACCCUGCUGCACAAAUAAUACAAUGGGUUUGAACCCAUCACGAAAAGUUCGAAUAGUAGCCAAAAUCCGAGGGUUUACUGAUCUGGAGGCUGAUUUCCCAAGUGGGGUUUCUUGGAUCUCUACGAAAAAGCCCAAGGGAGAGGCUUCUGAGACUGUUUCUCUGUCUUUCGGUGACCAAUCGGCAAGUCAUAAAGAGUCUUAUGAGGUGGAUCAUUGUUAUGAGCAAAAUGAAGACAAUGACAUAGUUUUUCUACAAGAAGUAAAGCCUCUAAUUUCUGGUGUCUUUGAUGGUUGUAACGCCACUAUUAUUGCUUAUGGUGCAAGAGGUAGCGGAAAGACUUCUAUAAUUAAGGGUACUUCUGAGAAGCCUGGGUUGGCAGCAAUGGCAAUGGAUGAGAUCCUUUCGGUGGCUGAGAAAAAUGGAAAUUCAGUGGCUAUAUCUGUCUAUGAGGUGUAUCAGGAUCGUGUCUGUGAUCUACUGGAUACAAAACAACCAGCAGUUUUUGUAUUGGAAGAUGCUCAAGGAAAAAUCCAACUUAAAGGACUUUCUCGAGUUCCUGUGAAAUCCAAUUCAGAAUUUCAAAAACUGUAUGUUAGUGGGUUGGGUUCCCGUAAGCCAGCACAAACUAUAGCAAAUGAACUUCCUCGUAGAGGCCACAAGGGCUUAAUAUUGUACGUAUUAGCUCAUAAUGAAAAUUCAGACGCUCUUCUUGUGGGAAAGAUGAAUUUUGUUGACUUGGCAGGUUACGAAGAUUCCAGAAGGAAAAGCAGUGACAGCCUCAGUGUAGUUGAGAAUAGCAGACUCAAUAAGUCUAUCUAUGCCUUAUUGAAUGUUAUUCAUGCUUUGAGUGCCAAUGAAAGCCAUGUACCAUUCCGGGAAAGCAAACUCACACGCCUUUUACAAGAUUCUCUAGGAAGGCCAAGCAGAGUUUUGAUGGUCACCUGUUUGAACCCAUCAUUUUGCCAAGAUUCCAUUUACAUGGUAAACUUGGCAUCUCGCUGCUGUCAAAGAAUCAAUCAUGCUGCUUCAGAAUCAGCAAAGAAAAGUAAAAGUUUGGCUAGGGCGACGAUUCAUUCAUCACAUAAAAGCCAGAUACCUAGGUCUGUUUCGGCUACUGCAAAGAAACAAGCAACCUCCCGAGUGCCGCUUUCUGAAAAGAAAGCCAAUGGUGGUAUAGUUUCUGCAUUGAAAGGAAGGAGACUUUUUGAUGAAGCAAGACGCUUUACCACAUCAGAGAAGAUUUUACCGCAGGCAAGUUCGAUGUCUGACAAUAUCUCAGCAGUUGAGCAUUCAGUUGACGAAGAGAUUUUGCAGGAAAAGCCUGUUGUUACCAAUGCAAUAAAAUCUUUAGGAGAGGGGAAUCAAUUGUCAGAUGUUCUGAAGAAUGCAAAAGCAGAACCCAUUUCUAUAGUGGAAAAGGAUGAUCCAUUAUCGGAGUCUUUGAAGCCAACAGAAUUUGCUUCUACGGUGGAAAAGGAUGUUCCUAUUGAAGAAAACCACCUUGAGGGAGUUACUCUUAGUGUCAAUAACAGCGAAAAAAUGCUCAAUUUUGACAAAGAAGGUCAGAACAGUGAAAAGGAAAACAAGAUUUCGGUUGUUGAUGAAGAAAGAUCGCCACCAAUUAGUGCUAGACUACGGGAAAUAUCAAACAAUCUGAAAUCUCUAUAUUCUGCAACUCCACCCUGUGUUAAGAUGCCAGAAGAGAAUGAUGCUUCAUCUUAUGCUUUAGUCCCGCUUGACAUUAUGGAACCAAAAACUCCCAUGGUUGACACAAUAAAUGAUAGAUGGGAGGUUGCUAAUUUUAAUAGUCCUUGGGAAACAUUGAGCAUGUGCAGUUCUGUAGUGAAGAGUUCCCUUGUUCAAGAGUAUCUCAGGUUCUUAAAUACUGCAAACAAGGAAGAAUUGAAAAGAUUAAAGGGGGUUGGAGAGAAGCGAGCAUCAUACAUCCUCGAACUUCGUGAAGAAUCUCCAGAACCCUUCAAGAGUCUAGAUGAUUUAAAAGAAAUUGGUCUUUCAGCCAAGCAGGUCAAUCGAAUGAUGAGAAAGGAAGUUGGGGGGCUUUUCAAUUAGCCAAACAAGUAUUCUGAGAUGUGGGAAAAAAAACCUAGUAUCUUUUCUUCGCCUGUAAGAUUGGUAGACAGAUAUUGUUGUGGCAAUAUGAAGUUGCCGUGAAAUAUGUUGAUCAUCUUGAUUCUUCUGAAAUGUAAAUUGUGGCAAUCUAUGUGUAUGCACCGGUUGAU